GCCGAAUAUAGCGCACGGCUCCGGGCUUCUUCGGUAACCUUGUUUCACGUCAGAGCGGAUGGUCCUGCGUAUCAGCCACUUUUAUCGAGUCCGAGUCGGUUCUGUUUGUUUUUUGGGGGAAAUUUCACGAGAUCGGUUCCGCUACUAGGCAUUUACUCUGGAGACCCCCACGCCGGACCGGGCUCAAUCCUGCGUCGGGAUCCCGCUGAGGUUUCGCUUCGGAAAUGCUGGCGAAACGGUUCUGAAAUAAGCGAACAGGCUUCGGCGACUCGGCCAUUGCGGCGGCCCCGGUAUCCGAACGGCCGCGUCCCACUGGAUGUUUAAACAAAGCGGCGGCGGUUCCGGCGUUCAGCCCCAGCUGUGUGUGAGCGGCUCGAAACCGGGACCGAGGCGGGCGGGCCGCAGUCCGGACACGGUGACGCGGAGGGAGCCGGAGGAGACCGCGGCGCCGCCACCCAGUCGCUGAUAUGUGCUGAAGAUGAGCAGUGGCAGUGACCACGCCUCCGACCCCUCGAGGGCGGAGUCCCGCAAGCGUAAGGAGGGUCCGACUGACCACCUAGGACCCAGCCCCAAACGCACCAUUGAGCGGCGGAACCGCGAGCAUGAAAAUAAGUACAUCGAGGAGCUGGCCGAGCUGAUCUUCGCCAACUUCAGCGACAUCGACAACUUCAACGUCAAGCCCGACAAAUGCGCCAUCCUCAAGGAGACCGUCAAGCAGAUCCGCCAGAUCAAGGAGCAAGAGAAGUCCUCCACGACAAGCGAUGAAGAGGUCCAGAAAGCUGACGUCUCGUCCACAGGGCAGAGCGUCAUCGACAAGGACGCCCUCGGACCCAUGAUGCUGGAGGCCCUGGACGGCUUCUUCUUCGUGGUGAACAUGGAUGGGCACAUCGUCUUUGUGUCUGAGAACGUGACGCAGUACCUGCACUACAACCAGGAGGAGCUAAUGAACACCAGUGUGUACAGCGUCCUGCAUGUGGGCGACCACGCCGAGUUCAUCAAGAACCUGCUGCCCAAGUCACUUGUGAACGGCGCCCCCUGGUCCGGUGAGAACCCCCGCAGGAACAGCCACACAUUCACAUGCCGCAUGCUGGUGAACCCGCAAUGCGAGGCGGACGAGGAGGCGCGCGGCGGUGCAGAGGCGCGCCAGAAGUAUGAGACCAUGCAGUGCUUUGCGGUGUCUGAACCGCGCUCCUUCACCGAGGAGGGUGAAGACCUGCAGUCAUGUCUGAUCUGCGUGGCCAGGAGAAUCCCCAUGAAGGAGAGGCCGGCGGCUCCAACCCAGGAGAGCUUCACCACCCGGCAGGACCUGCAAGGCAAGAUCACCUCACUGGAUACCAGUCUGCUGCGAGCCUCCAUGAAGCCGGGCUGGGAGGACCUGGUGCGGCGCUGCAUCCAGCGCUUCCACCUGCAGAGCGACGGCGAGAUGUCCUUCGCCAAGCGGCACCAGCAGGAAGUGCUGAGGCAGGGACAGGCCUUCAGCCCCAUGUACCGCUUCUCUCUGUCCGAUGGCACCAUUGUGUCGGCCCACACCAAGAGCAAGCUGGUGCGGUCGCCGGCCACCAACGAGCCGCAGCUCUACAUGUCACUGCACGUCCUGCAGAGAGAGCCGCCGGUGUGCAGCAUGAACCCGGAGCUCGGCUGCCCGGGGAUGGGGAAAACGAUGGGUCCUGUCUCUUCCGGUGGUGUCCCGCCUAGCCUCCAAACAUCUGAGGCCCCCGCCGGCGGUAACCCGGGCUUCGCCACCGCCGCCGCUCUGAAGGAGCCGCCUCACGGGUACCGCUUCCGUGGCCCAGGACCCAGCCACCCGGCAGCCCCUGUCCAGGCUCCUAAGUAUGGGCUGCGGAUGGGCAGCCCGUCGCAGAGCAGCCCCUGCCUGGCUCCCGGGCCCCAGCCCACCAUGAUGUCGCCCCGGCACCCCGGCAUCCCCCGUGUGCCUCCCCCGCAGUUCUCCCCCGCCGGCAUGUGUGGUGGCCCGGGAAACGGCCACAGCUACACCAGCACAUCACUGAACGCUCUGCAGGUGCUCAGCGAGUGUCACACGGUCCCCCUGGGCGCCGCUCUGGGGUCCCCCGAGGCCAAGGUGGGCUCGCCCAACCCCCACGCCCUCGCCAAGGCUUACGGCGAGCAGGGCCCCCCCGACCCACCCCAGCAGCAAGAGGCCCCCAUCGAACCCAAGGAGGAGAAGGAGAGCCCCCCCGGGCAGUAUGGUGGCAGCGGCAGUGAGAGGCCAGAACUCCAGGGCCGGUCCCACGAGGGGAAGAGCCACACCAAGCUGCUGCAGCUGCUCACCAAGACAGAGCCUGUGGACCCGUCCUCUCCCGCAGCCCCGGGGGACCCCACCUGCAAGGACACCCCGGGUGGCGGGGUGGGGGCCCAUACCACCUCGCUCAAGGAGAAGCACAAGAUCCUGCACCAGCUGCUGCAGAACAGCACAUCGCCCGUGGACCUGGCGCGGCUCACCGCCGAGGCCACCGGCAAGGAGCUGUGUCCGGACGGCAUGGGGGCGGCCGAGCUCGGCGGCAAGCAGGAGCCCGUCAGCCCCAAGAAGAAGGACAACGCGCUGCUGCGCUAUCUGCUGGACAAGGACGACUCGCAGGAGAAGGCGGGCCGGGGGGCGGAGCCAGGCGAUGGAAAGGCGGAGCCCAAACUGCCUGUCGUUAAGACCGAGAAGCCGGAUGGCAGCUGCGACCAGUCAGUGCAGUCCAGUGAAUUGGACCACAUUCUGGACGACUUGCAGAACCAGCACCCGCUGUUCCCUGAGAGUCGGCCCAUGUCGCUUCCCGCUGCCAUGGACAAGCAGUCCAUCAUUAACGACAUCCUGCAGAUCACCGGCGAGGGUGGCCCCAGUCCGGGUCCUGCCCCCAUCCCCGGGGGCCCCAUGGCACCGCAGAAGGCCUUCCCUGGCAUGGCCCAGAGCAGUUUUGGGGCUCCCAGACCGGGCCCACCGGGGAGGGGCCCACCGGCACGCAGCGUCUCCCUGGACGUGAACAUGGGGCCGCAGAACUCCCAGGGGCCCUUCCCUACCGUGAGGAGCAGCAGCAUGCAGCAGGUCAUGCAGCAGGUCAUGAUGGGGAACCAGGCAGGCAUGGUCAGCGCAGGAAUGCUUGGUGCUAACCCCCCUAGAGGCAGCAUGCCGGGAGAGGCCUGGGGCCCCCAGGGGCCCGCUGUGAGCAACUCCAUGAGCAACUCCAUGAGCCAGCCCCUGCAGCAGGGAGUGGGGCCCGCUCGCAUGCCCCCCAACUCCGCCGCCGGCAUCCCCAUGCGGCCCAGCAGCCAGCCCCCACCCCGGCAGAUGCUUCAGCCGCAGAUGAUGGCCGCUGCACAACCGGACCUGGACCUGGGUAUGCCAGGAGGCCAGUUCUCACAGCAGCAGGCCCCAUCCAAUCAGACGGCCCCAUGGCCUGACAGCAUGCUGCACAUGGAGCAGGGGCCCUAUGGCGGCCAGAACAGACCUGCAUACGGUGGCCCCCAGGAGGAGGCGCUGUGCCCACCCCCACCAGCAGAGGGCCCCACCGACGAGGGGAACCUACUGAACCAGCUGUACAGUGCACUGAAGGACUUUGAUGGCCUGGAGGAGAUCGACCGUGCUCUGGGCAUCCCUGCUCUGGUCAGCCAGCAGGGCCAGGCGGUGGAACCGGACCACUUCCAGGCGCAGGAUCCUGGGCUGAUGAUGGAGCAGAAGCCCCCCGUGUACGGGCAGCAGUACACCCCAGCCGGUCACAUGACGCAGGGUGGCUACCCCAUGCCGGACCCCAGCUUCCACCCCAUGGGCCAGAUGGGGCAGCGGCCCAGUUACUCCGUGAUGCGCAUCCCGACCCGGCCGGCUCUGCGGGCCGCCCCCGGAGUGCCCAGCCCGCCCAACGCGCUGAGACUGCAGCUGCAGCACCGGCUCCAGGCCCAGCAGAACCGGCAGCCCAUGAUGAAUCCCAUGCAAGGCAUGUCCAACCUGCCCCUUCCUCUUCGAGCCAGCAUGCCCCAGCAGGGGCCCAUCAACGCCCAGAUGCAGGCCCAGCGCCAGCGGGAGAACCUGAGCAACCUGCUCCGCCAGCGGCAGCAGCAACAGCAGCAGCAGCAGCGCCAUAUGCUCCUGCGGGCCCCGGGCCUCGGCAUGGCCCCCACCGGGGCUGCCACCUCCCCCGCCAUGCAGGGCACCAUCAGCAACCCACGCAUCCCCCAGGCCAACCCCCAGCAGUUCCCCUUCCCGCCAAGCUACGGUAUGAAUCAGCAACCGGAUGCCGGGUUCGGGGGGGCCACAACUCCCCAGAGCCCACUGAUGUCCCCCAGGAUGAGCCAUGCCCAGAGUCCCCUGAUGCAGCAGGCGCAGGCCGGCGCCGCCUACCAGGGCUCCCCGGACGUGAACGGCUGGGCGCAGGGCAACGUCAGCGGCACAGGCAUGUUCCCCCAGCAGUCGCCCCCCCAGUUCGGCCAGCAGUCCGAUGGAGGCGUCUACAAUGGCGGCGGGGGCAUGAAUGUCAACGUGCCCGGCAGCCUGAACAGCAUGGGCCAGAUGCCUGGCCAGGUGGGCAUGGGCCCCAUGGGCUCUGUGCCCACCCCCGGCCUGCCCUCAAUGGGCCCCGAGCAGAAGUACUGUUGACCCUGGACGGCGGUGGGACAGCAACCCGCGGACACGGCCCGCCCACCCGAGGAGACAGGCUGUCACUCAUCUGCUCAGCAGCGCCCCACCCCCCCCC